AUGGCGGAAACAAUCGAUCGCAACAUGGACGACAAGAUGGAGUUCUCCACGUCCAAGGAGGUCACCGUGGCGCCCACCUUCGAGGCCAUGCACCUGAAGGAGAACCUGCUGCGCGGCAUCUACGCAUACGGCUACGAGUCGCCGUCGGCCGUGCAGUCGCGUGCCAUUGUGCAGAUCUGCAAAGGCCGCGACACAAUUGCCCAGGCACAGUCCGGCACGGGAAAGACGGCCACUUUCUCCAUCUCCAUCCUGCAGGUCAUAGACACCGCUGUGCGCGAGACACAGGCGCUCGUCCUUUCACCCACGCGCGAACUGGCGACGCAGAUUCAGUCGGUCAUCAUGGGCCUCGGCGACUACAUGAACGUGCAGUGUCACGCUUGCAUCGGCGGCACCAACGUCGGCGAAGACAUCCGCAAGCUCGACUACGGCCAGCACGUCGUCUCCGGAACCCCAGGUCGUGUGGCAGACAUGAUUCGUCGUCGCAACCUGCGAACGCGCAACAUCAAGAUGCUAGUGCUGGACGAGGCUGACGAGCUCCUCAACCGCGGUUUCCGUGAGCAAAUCUACGACGUGUACCGCUAUCUGCCACCUGCGACGCAAGUGGUGGUAGUGUCCGCCACCCUUCCGUACGACGUUUUGGAGAUGACGACCAAGUUCAUGACGGAACCCGUGCGAAUCCUCGUCAAGCGUGACGAGUUGACGCUGGAAGGCCUCAAACAAUACUUUAUCGCCAUUGAGAAGGAGGAGUGGAAGUUCGACACGCUAUGCGAUCUCUACGAUACACUCACCAUCACACAAGCCGUCAUUUUCUGCAACACGCGCCGCAAGGUCGACUGGCUCACAGACAAGAUGCGCGAGGCCAACUUCACAGUGUCUUCAAUGCACGGAGAUAUGCCUCAACGCGAACGCGACAGCAUUAUGCAGGACUUCCGUCAGGCGAACUCGCGCGUGCUUAUCUCGACAGACGUCUGGGCGCGCGGUAUCGAUGUCCAACAAGUGUCCCUCGUCAUCAACUACGACCUUCCUUCCAAUCGUGAGAACUAUAUUCACAGGAUUGGCCGAAGUGGCCGCUUCGGACGCAAGGGUGUGGCUAUCAAUUUCGUGACCCAGGAAGACGUGCGCAUUCUGCGUGACAUCGAAUUAUACUACUCGACUCAGAUCGACGAGAUGCCCAUGAACGUUGCAGACUUGCUUUCUUAG